AUGGACACCAAAGUCGAGGGUCCACAGAUCAGGAUAUUGUUGAAAGACUUUAAAGCCCAUGGAGAUGGUUUGUUAGAGGUGUGGUUCAAGAAUCUUGAAAAUGAUGUAAUUUCACAGUGUAGUUGCUUGCGUUUUGAGCAGUAUGGGCUGCUAUGCAAAUACAUCUAUUUUCUUUUCAAGAUGUUUGGUGUUAAAGAAAUACCAAAUAAAUAUGUUAUGAAGAGAUGGACGAAGGAUGUGGUGCCGAAUGAGCUAAAUGUGAAGUACAAUUUAAAUGUUGGUGGCAAGAAUGUGCAACACAAGGCUAAACGGAUUGCUCGUCAUGAUAUUCGUACUUGUGAGAUUCUGAAAGCCAAACAACAAGGUAAACAGCAAAAAAAGAAGAUGAAGGGCGUCCAGAUUGAAAAUGUUCGCAGCAGAGACAAAGACAACGAGGUCGAAGACGACGAAGAGGAAGAUGAGUUUGAAGAUUACAGUGGUAGUAGUGAUGAUUUAUCUGAAGAAGAAGAUCAGUGGGAGGAGGUUUCAGAAGAUGAUGAGGAUGAGUAA